GUCAUCUUGUGGUUUCUCUACAUUGCGGGUGGAUAGAAGUGCAGCAUAAUGGAAAUUCUUAACAACUAUUUAUUUAAAUAUAAGGGCUAUGUUUUCGCAAAAGGUGAAACCACCGGGGAGUACAUUGACUCUCUUCAGCAUUUUGAGAUUCGUGACAGUGAUGUUUUUUUGGUGACGUAUCCCAAGUCAGGUACAAUAUGGACACAGAACAUUAUAAAUUUAAUUUGUGAGGACGCUGCAGACAAAACAAAAUUUCCCAACAAUCUUGAGAAGAUGCCUUGGUUAGAGUACCGUGAAGGCCGACCUGACUAUUCCUUGCGCCCGUCUCCACGGUUAUUUGCCACCCAUCUCACACCCACACUGAUGCCACCAGGCCUUAGGGACAAAAGAGGAAAGCAGAUUGUGUAUGUGCUUAGAAAUCCAAAAGACAAUGCAGUGUCCUAUUAUCACUUUAGUCUCGUCUGGGCCAAGCUUGAGACACCCAAGAACUUUGAAGACUUUCUGCAGCAGUAUCUAGCAGGAAAUGUUGGUGGUUCAUCUUGGUUUGAUCAUGUCCGAGAGUGGUACAGUAAAAGAGACCAGUACAGCAUCCUUUUCCUGUCAUAUGAGGACAUGGUCAUGGAUCUCAGGACAGCGGUGGAGAAAAUCAGCAAGUUCUUGGAGAAAAAUCUGGAUGACGCUGCUAUUGCACAUAUUGUGGAGAAGGCCACUUUUAAAAACAUGAAGAAGGACCCGAGAGCAAACUAUGAAUUCAUUCCUGGUGAUCGACUGCUUAAGCCCCAAUUCAUGCGCAAAGGCACAGUAGGAGAUUGGAAGAACACAUUCACUGUGGCACAAAAUGAGAUGUUUGACCAGAUCUUCAAAGAAAGAAUGAAAAACGUACCACUGCACUUCAUCUGGGACUUAGACACCAAAACAAACUGAAACUAUUCACAAAACAAAAGAACCAGCAUGUUUUGCCACUGGACCUUAAACACGGUUUACUGGUAAUGUUAAAAACGUCCAAAUAAAUGAUCGUAUCUGAAGAAGAGCCCCAUUGGCUAUGAAUACCAAAGGCUUUUAAAAUGUAUUUAUUAAUUUUAAGAAAUGAAUACUUUUAUUCACCAAGGAUGCAUUAAACUGAUUUAAAGCAGGGGUCCUCAACUCUGGACCUCGAGACCGCUUUCCUGGAGAGUUUAGCUCCAACCCUAAUCAAACACACCUGACCAAACUAAUCAAGGUAUUCAUGAUUACUACAGAGUUUUAGGUAUGUGUGUUUAAUCCAGGUUGGAGUUAAAAAGUGGAUCACAAAGUCCAGAGUUGACGACACCUGAUAUAAAGUGACAGUAAAUGCUGUUCUAUUGAACUGUAGCGUCUGCGUAGAAUCAUGCAUG